AUGCCUUCUCUAUCCGACCAGAUCGACCAUCUGACUUCCCUCUCGAAAUCCAUUAAAGCCAGUGCUGAUGGCUUCCCGACAUCAGAUGGGCUUUUCACAACAGCUGUCCUUAACACUGCUCUAGGUGAUCUGAUUCGUGACAUCGACUCAUCCGAACUCGGGCUCUUCACACUAGUACACCCACCGUCUCAUGUACCAACUGAGUCUGAAGCGAGGGGUGUGAUAUCCCGUGUAGAAUUUCCUGGCGCUACGCCUCUGAAAAAACCACCUUCUCGAAGGCAGGAGAUGACACAACCGAGAGAGUAUGAGCCAGAAGUAUAUGCACAGGCUGCGUUAAAGUACUUGGAUCGGUAUCACUCAAUUCGCCCAAUGCCUCGUGCGCGAUCCCAGGUCCAGGGACUUAUAAACAGGCUGGAUGAGACACGACGGAAUAUCAGAGGUCUUAGUGAAACAUUACAGCAGUUAACAAGUAGUAAUCCGGCAUCAAGCCCCAGCUCGCAGGAGUCCACUGCAGCGGACGAGGAACGACGCAUACAAGAUCUCCAGGCUCGUCUUACCGAACUGCGUAAACAGAAAGAUGACAUCCUUCGCACCUCUAAUCCUGCUCCCAAGUCCAAGCCCGCUCCGAGACUGGCCAAGGCUCCUUCGCCUCUGACUGUACCUGAGGCCCAGGAAGAGAUGUUCUGGAACACGCCUGCCGCAUCUGCGCGGACGCUUCGCUUCACUGAAAAACUAAUGGAUGAGGAAGUAGACAUCAAUGACGUGUCAAUUAUGUCCUUUACGAGCCCGGUUCCUCGGCCUCGGUCUGUAUUAUCAUCGCUAGGUCUUCCUGUGGACGAUGAUUCCCUAGAUAACGGAGAACACGAUAGUGGUCAAGGCAAUUCUGUGAUGCCUGAUCCAUUAGGCAAACCUGAGGAAGAUCCUCCAGGCAGUGAGCUGGAGGUGGAUGGUGGAGACGGAGAACAAACCGUGGUUCUCAAGAAGCUGCCCUCAUCGUUACCACCGAAUCCUACGCCGCCAGAUGGCACUACGCCCCCUGAAACACCGUUGCCUGCAAAUUCAGAGUUGCAGACCCCUGCCGCAGGACCUCCUGAGUCCGCCAGAAAACCAAAAGUACGCUUGAAUGUGGAGAUCGAGAAGAUUGUGGUGAAGAUAUGGAGCACAGUGGGCGAGAUCAUCAUGCCGGGCCAUCCUUUCGAUCCCACGGGGUCAAUAUCAGGCGGAAGCAAACCUCCAAGGGCAAAGGAAACUCUUGCCCAUCUUGAAUCCCUCUCCUCCCAGACACCCUCCUCUGCAUCCCCAACUGCAUCCUCAUUUUCAUCGCUUGCGCCAUCCAUGAUCCCUAGCCAGCCGACCUCGCAACAGAUCGCAACCUGUCAGCUUUUGCUCACUCUACUAAAACAGCCCGGCUUCUCGAUGUCGCUCAAUAAACUUAAGGAAGCGCUAGCGGAAGGUGGUGGUAGCGCGGGUGGCACGCGAACUAUGUAUGCUUGUGUGGCAAAGAAGUUGAUCAAGAUUGAGCGAGGGAGCGGGGAGCAGGUCGUCAAGUUUGACGUUUGA